AUGUCGAACCCGGUCUGGAAUCCAGACAAUAUCACCGACGUUGCCGAAUCUGUCGGCGUUGGCGCACUCAACCACGAUGUCGUUACUCAACUCGCGCAGGAUGUUGAGUACCGCGUCAGUCAAAUCCUGGAAGAAGCCCUCAAGUUCAUGCGCAAUGCCAAGAGGACUACUCUGAGCACACAGGACAUCUCACAGGCACUGCGCCUGCUUGACGUCGAGCCUCUCUACGGCUACGAAGCUACGAGACCUUUGCGCUUUGGUGAGGCCUCAAUAGGCCCUGGACAACCGCUAUACUACGUCGAGGAUGAAGAGAUUGACUUUGAGAAGUUCAUCAACGCUCCACUACCAAAGGUCCCUCGCGAGAUCUCCUUGACAGCACACUGGCUCGCCGUCGAAGGUGUACAACCCUCCAUCCCUCAAAACCCUACAUCCGCCGAUCAGAGACACCAAGAACUUCUUCCAAAAGGUCCCGGCGCCAACCCGAAUCUCGCUGCCAUCGGCGGAAACGACAAUGUCGCCGUCAAGCCUUUGGUCAAGCAUGUCAUCUCGAAAGAACUACAACUAUACUUCGAACGCAUCUGCAGUGCCAUUCUGGACGAGACCAACGAAGAAUUCCGCAUCUCCGCCUUUGCCAGUCUGCGUACCGAUCCUGGUCUUCAUCAGCUAGUACCAUACUUUGUUCAGUUCGUGGCAGACAAGGUCACACACAACCUCAAGAGCUUGUUCGUCCUCAGACAGAUGAUGCAGCUGUUGGCCGCUCUACUGGAAAAUCCCAGUCUAUACAUUGCACCAUACGUUGCCUCGCUCAUCCCUCCGGUCCUCACAUGCUUGAUCGGAAAACACCUUGGCUCAACAUCUGCCGAUGGCCCCGAAGCACAUUUUGCACUGCGCGACUUCUCUGCGUCAUUGCUGUCGGCCAUUGCCAAGCAAUACGGUCAAACGUCAGGCACGCUCAAACCCCGUAUUGCACGUUCGUGUCUAAAAGACUUCCUCGACUCACACAAGCCUUUCGGAACACACUACGGAGCCAUUCUCGGCCUACGAGGCAUCUCCGGAGCAGCAGGUGUUCAAACACUGAUUCUUCCCAACCUCAAAGCCUAUGACCAGGUGCUCAAGCAGGGACUGGCGGACGAGCACAAGAAGGAUCAAGCAGAAAGAGUUGCAUUGGUGCUACUUCAAUCGCUUGAGCUUCUGGAAAAACACUCGGCAAACAUGACCAACGGACAUCCCGAAGGUGCAGAACUGAAGGAGCGCUUGACAGAGGCUAUCGGCGAAGUACUCGGCGCACGGGUAUACGAGAGCGGAAGAGCAGGGCUUGUAUCCGUUGUGCUUGACAAAGAUGCGGCGGUGUAG